GUUAAACCUGUCUAACUUCACUUUUGGACGCAAUUAUCACCAGUUAUACGAGAACUACAGCACUAUGCACACUCGCAUACAUAUUAUGUUCCUCAAAAUCCUGAAAAAGAUCUAUUAUGCUCUCUAGGAAGGAAAUGGGUGUAUCAACGAAUCAAAAGAUCGUGCAAGAAAAAAAUGGUUUACAAAAGGAUACCUAUAGCAGCGUGGAUACAAACGUAUCGUAAGGAUUACAUAGUAAGUGAUCUCGUUGCUGGUAUUACCGUAGGCCUUACCGUUAUACCACAGGCGAUAGCUUAUGCGAAUGUGGCAGGACUUCCUUUGCAGUAUGGUCUAUAUUCAUCUUUCAUGGCAUGCUUCGUGUAUACUAUCUUUGGAUCUUGUAAAGACGUUCCAGUUGGGCCAACUGCAAUUAUUGCAAUCUUGACAAGAGAAACGUUACAAAAAUCCGAUUUAGGGCCCGAUUUUGCGGUUCUUUUAACCUUCAUCUCUGGUUGCGCGUGUUUAUUAAUGGGAAUUUUACAUUUAGGUUUUUUAUUGGAUUUCAUAUCAGGACCUGUUUCGGUCGGUUUUACAUCGGCAGCAGCGAUAAUUAUUGCUACUAGCCAAGUGAAGGAUAUUCUAGGCAUUCAUAUCGGUGGUAGUAAAUUUGUCGAAGUAUGGCAAAAUAUAUUCGAAAAAAUUGGAGAAACAAAGCUCUGGGACAGUGCCUUGGGUAUCACUUGUAUAAUCGUACUUCUUCUUCUUAGAAAAAUCAAAGAUAUACCAUUUAUGCAAAAAGCGGCAAAAAUGUCAUCGAGAGUACAAGUAAUUAUGCAAAAAUCACUUUGGUUGCUAUCCACGGCACGAAAUAUUCUCGUGGUCCUCGUUUGCGGUGUUAUAUGCUGGCUUUUAGAAAGUCACUUAGGUUCCUCACCCGUUAAAUUGACGGGCCACGUUAAACAAGGACUUCCGGAAUUUCAGCUACCACCGUUUCAAACCUAUCACAAGAACGAAACCUAUAAUUUCGUCGAUAUGGUUUCCGCACUCGGUUCUGGAUGUCUAGUCAUUCCUUUAUUGAGCCUUUUAGAAACCAUCUCUAUUGCCAAAGUUUUUAAUGAAGGUAAACCAAUCGAUGCGACCCAAGAAAUGUUGGCUUUAGGCGUAUGCAACGUUGUGUCAGCUUUCGUUUCUUCCAUGCCCGUAAGCGGUGGCCUUAGUCGUGGUGCCGUAAAUCAUUCAUCCGGAGUAAAAACGACUCUUGGUGGUGUUUAUACUGGACUUUUAGUACUUGUAUCACUUCAGUUCCUUACCCCAUAUUUGUACUUUAUUCCUAAUGCCGCCCUUGCUGCAAUCAUCAUCGCGGCUGUCAUUUUUAUGGUGGAAUUACACGUGAUCAAGCCUAUAUGGAGAACAAAAAAAAUUGAUCUCAUACCAGCUGUGGCUACAUUUUUAUGCUGUCUUUUUAUAAGACUUGAAUUAGGUAUAGUAAUUGGUAUCGGUAUAAACGUUUUGUUCCUACUUUAUGCUUCAGCAAGACCAUCGCUACGAGUUCAUAAAGAUACAAGUAUCAACGGCUGUGAAUAUCUUGUCAUAACGCCCGAUAGAAGUCUCGUUUUUCCAAGUGUCGAAUACGUGCGGGCUGUAAUUAGUAAGCAAGGUACAAAACAGGGAACAGCGGUACCUGUUGUUAUAGAUUCUACACAUAUCCAAGCAGCAGAUUUUACAGCUGCAAAGGGAAUUAAAAGUUUAACGGAAGAUUUUUCGAAACGUGGACAACCUUUGAUUUUUCAUAAUUUGAAACCGAGUAUUAUUGAAAUUUUCAAAGGUGUAAAACCUUCUGGUUUAAAAUGUAGUUCUAGCGAACUUGAACUUAACGAUUGUUUGAAAGAAUUUUCAAAUUCGUCAACUACUAUGAACAGGUACUGAUAAUAUUUAGACUUUUAUAAAUUCCGUCCCAGAAGUACUCCUUUUUUUUAUUUUAUACAUAUCAGUAUUAUAUUAACUCGAAAACGAACAAUAUAGAUAAUAUUAUAAUAAAGAGGAACAAUAUGUUUUAAUAAUUAUUGUAAUUAAGUAUCAAUUAACCCUUUAGAUACAAUAUUACAUUAUAUGAUGAUAUGUAUGUAAUUUCACAUAAAUAAAAUAAAAACUUUUCAUUACUAAGAAUGUAUGUAAUACAUAUUAAUGAUGAAAAUAUAUUAAAUAUAUUAAUUUUAAAUAUUAUAAGAAGAAAAAUUAUGUUAUGAAUAUUGUGUCAAAAGGGUCUAAAAUUAUAAUUAUGUAAGAUUAUGAAAUAUGUAUAUAAAUUUAUAAAUGAAUAUAAAUUUAUAUAAUUUGUCAGUAGCAUUUUUUAUAUACAUGUAUUAUUGUACAUGCAAUUUAAAAAUUAUUAUAUAUAACAUAUAAUAAUAUGUAAUACUUUAUAUAUUAUUUCAAAAAAAAUUAAAAUUUUUUUAAGCAUUUUAUUCUAAAUCUUAUAUGAUAUACUAUAAAAAAAAAUCAAAAUUUUUAAGAGUAUAUCAUUUUUUUUUAAAUUAAAGAUAGUUAGUUUAAUAUAAGUAUAAAAAUAAAGUUUGAGUUUUUUUUUUAUUAUUAUAUCUAUUUUAUUUGUAAAUAUGAAAUUUUUUACUAUCAUAUUCUUUAAUUUUUGUCUAAAAUUCUUGCACCCAUUGCAGGUUCUGCUAUAUAAAAUGUUGCAUUUCCAGAAUAUCUGUAAUAAAAUAUUAUACAUAAAUAUCAUUAUCAAAUUCAAAAAUUAUAAAAGUGUUACAAAAACAAUAAUCUAACUUUGUUUUCAUGUGAUUGAUUGUUUGAUCAAUUACAUCUUUUCUUAAUAAUGUUAUUGUACAUCCACCAAAACCAGCACCAGUUAGACGGCUUCCUAAAACUCCAUUUAUUUCUCUUGCUGCUUUUACUAAAGUGUCCAAUUCAACUGAAGACACUUCAUAAUCAUUUUUUAAAGAAUCAUGACUUUCAUUCAUUAACUCUCCAAAUUUUUUGAUAUCUCCCUUUUCAAGAGCUUCUACAGCAUCAAUUGUUCUUUUAAUUUCUGUAACUACAUGACGAGUUCUUUUUAUCAUUUCUUCAGGUACAUUUUGUGAUUUUAAAACUAAAAAUAAAAAAAAAAUAUAAAAUAUUAAAAUUUAAUAAAAAAAAAAUACUUUUGCUUUUUUUUUCUUUUUUUUUUUGAUAUAAUUAUAUUUUUUAAUCUACCUUGAAUAUCACUCAUAGAUACUUCACGUAAACUUUUUUUAUUUAAUUUUUUUGCAACUUCAUAACAACAAUCUCUACGCUCACAAUAUGCGCUUGAACUUAAUUUAUGAGGCGCAUUAGAGUUAGUAAUUAGAAAGAUAUAAUCAUUUAUUUUUGAUAUAGGUAUUUGUUUAGUACUAAGAUCUUUACAAUCAAGAAGAAGAGCAUAACCUUCUUUGGCCAUCACAGAAAUAAAUUGAUCCAUGAUGCCACAUGGAACUCCAGCAAAAUCAUGUUCAGCUCGUUGACAAGCUAUUGCCUAAACAACACUUCUAAUAAAUUUUUCUGUUUUGGUAAAAUUAAAAUUAAAAUAAAUAAUGUAAUUAUACUUUAUCUUCUGGCUUUUCUGAUUCUAUACCAGUUAAUGCUUCCAAAAAUGUAUAAAUAGCAACUUCCAAAGCAGCUGAACUACUUAAACCAGCACCAACUGGUACAGUAGACAAAAUAAUAGCAUUAAAAGGUGGCACAUCAC